CAAGAUUGAACAAACCCUCGAUUGAGCUCAGCCAGUAUCAUUGCAGCCCACAUAUUUCAUCAAUUUUUAUGUUCCUCCAGUCAUUACUCCCACUGCUAUUUAAAAUUUUAUUACGUCAUUAGAGGACAAGUAAAUUCACAACUCAUGCACCUCGGUGUAGUGCGUUUAUGCCAGUGGGAACUGCAAUAAGUAUAGUGUGUAAUCAAACAUAUUCACGGUGAAACGUCAAAACCACGUAUUCCGGUUUGCGACGUUGCAGAUCUCUUGCCACAUUUUAUUUUUAAAUGGAAAACGACUCAAGGUGGAUACUUAAAAACUUCCGUGAUUUUUCUAUUCCGUGCGGGGCAAAUUCUGAAUAAAUUUCAAGGCAUGGUGUUGAUUUUUUCUUCUUUAAAAAAGUAAGAAGGAGUGGAAAUUUUAAAACACUGCAAAGGGAAUAAGUGGUUUGGGAGUUCCACCGUCGAUAAAUGGCAAACUGGAGGGAUUGCCGCAGAGUAUCGGUAACAAAGAGUUGCAAAAUUAAUAUCUCACCAAAGACGUUUUGACGGGAACAAAAACACCGUGGAGAUCACUCACUUGAGUGCCUUAUCAUGCGUCAAAUGUUAAUUAUUAUUGUAUCUUUAAUUGUUUUCGAAGCCCAGAUAGGACAUGCCACCAGACGAAGUAUUGCGGAAUUAAGAAUCGACACAAAAGAAACCAUCCUUGACCAGCAGCUCGGAGAGACCGCCUUUUCAUGGGACCAGACAUCAGAAGUAACCUUAUCACGGACAAAUGGGACGGACUCAAUGGUUUCAAAAAGCACGAGACCAGUUUCGUCGAGCACGGCGCCGUUUCAAGUUACAAAAUCCAGGAUGAUAGUGUACGGCGAAAGUGCCAAGCUUGGCACAUGGCCCUGGAUAGCGGCUCUUGGAUACACUAAGUGGUUCUCGAAAAAGAUCAGAUGGGGCUGUGGAGGAUCACUUAUUUCCACGCGACACGUUCUAACCGCCGCGCACUGUGCCAGUGUUCCUUUUCCGCAAAGACUUUACGUUGUUCGAUUGGGCGAGUUAAAUUUAGACCCCACAGUGGAAGAUGGAGCAUCGCCGGUAAACUUUUCAAUCGAGAGAAUAAUCGUACAUCCAGGCUUUACCUCCAGUACAUUGGUCAAUGAUAUCGCUGUUUUACGACUGGCACAAGAUGUUACACUCAGUGGUUUGAUCAAACCAGGAAAUUUGCCUUCCAAGCCAGAAUUCGAAGACAACAAGUGGGAUGGAUAUGAUGCCGUUGUGAUUGGAUGGGGCUCUUAUGACUCUCAAGUCCUCAGCCAAAGUAAUGCUCUUCAACAAGUCCAAAUCCCCAUAUGGAGUAUCGAGGAUUGUAGAGCCAUCUACGCUCCACUGGGACCCGCCAUUGAUGAUCGAGUCGUGUGCGCAGGCUCCAAAGAAGGAAAAGGGGCAUGCAAGGGGGACAGUGGUGGCCCACUAAUGAUUCGUUAUGGAGCGAAUUCCGACUACUUCGUGAUUGGAGUUGCCUCCCAAGGCUAUGCAUCCUGCACCCACUCUGGAUACCCCGUAAUUUUCACUCGAGUCUCAGCAUAUCUCGAUUGGAUUGCUGAGGUAGCGAAAUAGUUACCUCGACGCCCAUUUCUACCUCCUUGCAGAUUGUUGUAGACCUGGGCAGUGUAACUGAAGAAUUCGACGCAAAAAUAAAUCUUUAACGAUAGAUAUCUAUACCCUGGUAAAAAUUGGCGAUAGGAGCUGCGUUUCAAAAUACCAUAGGAAUUCUUAUAGCCGGCUAAGGAAGG